CCAACCGGUAGGAGGCCACGGGGAAGACCCAGGACACGUUGGGAAGACUAUGUCUCCCGGCUGGCCUGGGAACGCCUCGGGAUCCCCCGGGAAGAGCUGGACGAAGUGGCUGGGGAGAGGAAAGUCUGGGCUUCCCUGCUUAGGCUGCUGCCCCCGCGACCCGACCUCGGAUAUGCGGAAGAAGAUGGAUGGAUGGAUGGAUGGAUGGUACUUGUUAUUUUACAGUACCUCAAAUUCAAACUGCACUUUAAUAGUUGGUAGUUGGCUUUUUAAAAACUCCACAAUCCGGGUCAACGCUUACCGUUUGCCAAACUAAAAGUGAGAAGCACUGAUUUUUACAAGUAAUUAAAAGAGAAAACAUAAUAUUUUACAAUUUGAAAGUGCCGUUUAGUAAAUGUUAACUUGAGGUGAAAGUCUUAUAGUAUUCAGUACACCAAUGAUAUUUUGUUUACUGCAGAUCGAAGUUUGUGAAGACAAGCAAAAAAAAACAAAAUCAUUUUGAGAGGAAAAAAAAUUGUUCUUUUUACCCCCACAAAAUGUAACGAAAAAAAGUAAAACCGUGGCCCUGAAACCGAAAAACAGACCAAAGCGUGGGUUACCUGUACAGUUACACCUCUAGUAAACACAAUUAUAAACAUAAACAAAAUGACAGUUGUCAGCUGUUAGUAUGUAUUACCUCGAUCAAACAUGCCGGAAAUGUUUGUUACAAGGUAGUGAAUAGUAAGCAUGCAACGGUACUCGGCAGUGACUUGCAGUCAGGGGAGGCAGGUGAGGCGAGGCCUCACAAGCCAUCAUGGAAAGAAAAAAAUGUAAAAAGAAAAAAAAUUAAUUCAAUUGUUAUAUGUAUCCAGUGAUUAUACUAUAAAGUUAUUUUCCAUUUAACUUCACCAGUUUUAGAUUAUAUUUUUUCAAAAUCACUGAAUUUUCACAUUUGCCGUUCAAAUACUGAGAAGAGACUUGCGGUGAUCAGCAGCCAGUUGAGCCUCACCAUGGAUUGCGCAAUGACUCGGCUAACUGCUGGCCUGCUGUACAGUGAGACCGUAUUUCUAUAUGAAUUAUAUUAUACAUUUCCAUAGUUUAGUUAGCUGAGGUAUAUAAUGUACAGUGUAUUUUGUCAACAACUAUAUGUGUGUAACGUAUUUCUUGUGCUGAGCAAUCAUAAAACGGCUGCGAAGACUCAUUGGCUGAGGCUCGCAGUAAUCCCGCCUCAUGGUGGUAGAGGGCGCUAGUGAUCCCAGCGAUAAUUUUUGCGACUAAUCGGCUGCAGAAUAAGUGACAACAAGCAGCAACAGUUAGCGAUUGUUUAUUUUUUCCUCUCGCCUGGACUUUUAACAUGGAGGAUUACAUAUCUAAAAUAAAACAGUUUUCUAAACUGGACUUUCAAUCGAAGCAGGAGGAAAUAAUUAAAGGAAGAUCUCCAUCGAGACAGAGAGACUUUUAAAGUUAUCGAUGCUUUUGUUCAGAAGGAACGGCGCAUGGACUUAAUUUAUAAGUAAAGGUAAGACCAUAAUAACGUUUUUUUAAUUAAAUGUGCUUUUUUGUGUGCUACAGUUUGUAUGUGUAAAGUUAAAGUUAAAGUACCAAUGAUUAUCACACACAUUAGGUGUGUUGAAAUUUGUCCUCUGCAUUUGACCCAUCCCCUUGAUCACCCCCUGGGAGGUGAGGGGAGCAGUGGGCAGCAGCGGCGCCGCGCCCGUGAAUCAUUUUUGGUGAUUUAACCCCCAAUUCCAACCCUUGAUGCUGAGUGCCAAGCAGGGAAGAAUGCUGGUAUGAGCUUUUAAACAUAACCCGUUAACUGCUGCCAAUCAAAUGGUGAAUAAGAUACUCUUUAGGGUUCAUAUGUUUGUAAAUCUGACUGUGAUGAAGUCAGUGCCUCACCAGCCAUGAACCUCACCGCACGUCACUGGUACUCGGUAUAAUUCUGCACGGGACAAUCCGCCUUUAACUAAAGAAAAACAAAUCGCAAUAAUAAUCGAGAUCGGGUGAUAUGAAAAAAAUAAUCGUGAUAAUUGUUUUUGCCAUACUGUCAACUCAUUGUCUGGUGCAGCUUUUAAGGUGUCUGGGAGUGAGGUUUUACCCAACAUACUAUUACACGUCCACACUAACUGAAGUCAGUUACUUAUAACUAGGCAAAAACAUCCAAAAAUGAUUACGGCCAGGUCCUAGUUUAUUGUUUUAACAUGCCUAACAAUUAUUUAAGGUGACGAUGAAAACUAAAAUAUUCUCUGAAAUAGGAAGGAAAGAGCUUGAUGGUGACUGGGAACUGUUCUCCACCAAUCACAGCUCACAACCCAUCCUACUUUCGCACACUGGCUGUGAGCUGUGCAAGGCUAUUCCCGGUCGCCUAUCGAUUAGUUAUGCCUGGCUGCUGUUGUGUGCAGGAGACCAGGAAAGCCCGUAAUUGGCCAGUCCGGGAAAGAGAGAGAGAGAAUAAGAGUUGUAGGGAAGGGGACAGAGACUGAAAGAGGGAGGGAGCAAGGACAAGACAGAGGCUAAAGAGACAGGGAACCGACCAUACAUGUGUGCCAAUGUGAAGUUUCUCUUAGGGAAGCCAAGCUGACAAGCGGAGAUGAUUGUAUAUCUACUCAACAAUUAACAGUACAGACAUGUGAGACUAUGGAUUCGUACUUCCACUUUUGGAAUAUAAACUGACAUCAUUGCCAUUGGAGUAGCUGGGAUUUUUUUUUUUUAAAGCUGGAGUGUGCAACAACUAAGGGUCAUUGGAUAACAUGUCCUACCCUGAGAUCACCGGAGCGAAGACAAUUUAUGGAAAUUGGAAAGCAAAAUCUUUCUUCGAGUGCUGGAGUUGACUUACCGGUAAAUUGUUUUAGGUCGUUGAUAAGACCUGAAGCAAAGGCUGGAAAAAAACUCAGUUCUUCUAAGUUUCUUCUUGCUUUGCGAGGGGGAACAUUGUUCAACACAGUUCAGGUGCUUCGAAGCGGAAAAGAUAAGCAGUGUUAAAUAGAACAUUAAAAGAUUAAUCUUUGCUUCUUAGACGUUCAGUUUCUGCUGUUUUCAACAAGGCAGAAGUAUUGUAAACAAGAAAAAGAAAGCGUAAUUGUAUGAUCCUAAUGUACAGAGACAAAUGCAGUGGAAAAGAAAAAAAAUAACCCAUGCUUUGACAUGAUGAACAUUUCCGUUGUUCUUUGAUGCCAUGACCUACAUUAUAUGGACACAAGUAAUUCCAAAGAGCAUCUUGGUUUGUCAUCCCUGUUAAGACGUGAUGCGGUAAGAGCGAGAUAAUACAUUAGAAGAAGUGAGGAGCAUCUCAGAGUUUUUGUUCAUAUUUAUUUCUCCAGAUAUGACCACUUACUUCCACAGUCAUGAGUUUUGUUGUAGUCCUAAAAAGCCCAGCAGUGGUUCUUCAAAGGGAAAAUCUGGCAAAGGGAAGGUUAAGUCCGCCAAGGGCCACUGCCACUCGAAGCAUAGCCAAAAAUUAUUGCAAGUCCAAUCAAAUCAACCGCACCGGUCCCCGCUGCACUCACCACAGCACCAUUCCCAUUCGCCGAAACAUGGAUAUCAUUCGACAAAACAUCUCCUUCCUUCUCCUUCUCCGAGCUAUUACCACAUAGCACCACCGUCUCAAAGUCAUCAGCUUGCUCCACCAUUAUCAAACUACCAGCUGGGUCCACAACCACCAAGUCAGCUAUUGCAUUCAGCAAGCCACCACCAGAUCCACCUCUCACCUAGCCAUCAACAGCUGCAGCAUUGUUAUCCAAACCAGCAACAAUUUCAUCCUCCUGCUUCACCCAGUUGCUUACUCUCCUCGCCAUCAUUGCAUCAACUCUGUCAUCACCAUCAACAGCAGCCGGCACAUUCCCAUUCAACCAGUCACCAUUCCUUGUUCCAACAGUACCAACAUAAUUAUCCUCCUCCUCUGCCGCACUGCUCACAGUCUCUUUCUAUACAUCCGUUUCACUCGCCACAGCUCCCUCUGUGUUCAGAACUGGGUGGUUAUGGGUGGAACACAUUGCCCACGAACCUGGCCAACAGGUGUUCUCGAGGAUUUUUUUCAAACUUCAGAGAUAAUGUGGCAAAAAGUCCCACAAAGGGCAAAACCAAAGGAAAGGCUGGUUCUAGACGAUGGCCUAAUGAUGCCUAUACCUGGAAUUUACACUCUAUGGAGCCACCUUCACAGGUGCCACACAUGCACCACUUUUCACAUAUACAAGCCCAUGUGCAGGCCAACCCCACUCCCGUCGUGGUCAACACAGACAGUGUCGACACCCCCCCAUAUGUCAACGGAACAGACGCGGACUAUGAAUAUGAGGAAAUCACAAUGGAGCGGGGUAACUCAGGUUUGGGAUUCAGUAUUGCAGGAGGAACUGAUAAUCCUCAUAUUGGAGAAGACCCGUCCAUCUUUAUUACCAAGAUUAUACCAGGAGGAGUCGCCGCCCAGAAUGGACGACUCAAGGUGAAUGACUGUAUAGUCCGAGUAAAUGAGGCAGAUGUCAGGGAGGUGACCCACAGUGGGGCCGUGGAGGCAUUGAAGGAGGCUGGAGGUCUUGUCAGACUGUGUAUACGACGCAAGAGGAUUCACAACGAUAGAAUCAUGGAUAUAAAGCUAGUGAAAGGUCCCAAAGGGCUAGGAUUUAGUAUAGCUGGUGGAGUUGGAAAUCAACACGUUCAAGGGGACAACAGUAUCUAUGUGACAAAGAUCAUUGAGGGAGGAACCGCACAAAAAGAUGGACGACUACAGAUAGGGGACAAACUUGUGGCUGUUAAUGGCUCUUGCUUAGAGGAAGUAUCUCAUGAGGAAGCAGUGGCCGUCCUGAAGUCCACACCCGAUGUUGUUUAUCUCCGUGUGGCCAAAAACUCCUCUGUAUUCAUCAAUGAAAACUUUCCCCCUCCUGAUGUCACCAAUUCCUAUCCCCCGCAUCAGGACAACCACAUAAGUCCCUACAUGAGCGGGAGCCAGUCUGUGAGCCCUGCCCCACUGACCACACCCAGAUACUCGCCAAUGCCCAGGUCCAUGACUGUAGAUGAUGAUGUCACAAGGGAACCCAGGCGUCUGAUCCUCCACAGAGGAUCUACAGGUCUCGGUUUCAACAUCGUUGGAGGGGAAGAUGGAGAAGGAAUCUUCAUCUCCUUCAUUCUGGCUGGUGGUCCUGCUGAUCUAUGUGGGGAACUUCACAAGGGAGAUCGAAUCCUCUCAGUGAAUGGGGUAGACCUGUCUAGUGCAACACAUGAGCAGGCAGCUGCAGCUCUAAAGAACGCGGGACAAACUGUCACUAUUGUUGCACAGUAUAGACCAGAAGAGUAUAGUCGUUUUGAGGCUAAGAUCCAUGACCUGAGGGAACAGAUGAUGACCAGCAGUGUCAGUUCCAGCUCUACGUCACUUCGAUCCACUCAGAAACGCACACUUUAUGUCAGGGCGCUGUUUGACUAUGACGGAAGUGCACCAGACCUGAGCAUGCCCAAUCAGGCCCUGCCUUUUCGUUUUGGUGACAUCCUUCAUCUGAGCAGUGCUGGUGAAGAAGAGUGGUGGCCCGCACGCCAUCUCAGCCCGCCACCCCCAAACUGCCCUGAAGUUGGAGUUAUCCCCAGCCGCAGAAGGGCAGAAAAGAAGGAGAGGUCCAGGUUAAAGACGGUCCGGGUGAUGAGGCCUCAAGAUAGAUCAGAUCAAGAUGAAAAAGCUGGCCAGGAGGAGACCUUCCUAACCUACCAACCAGUCAUGCAACAGGAAGUGAAUUAUACACGGCCUCUUAUUAUCCUUGGGCCGAUGAAAGAUAGGGUAAAUGAUGACCUCAUCUCUGAGUUUCCUGACAAGUUUGGCUCCUGUGUCCCACACACAACUCGUCCACGUCGAAACUACGAAGUGGAUGGCAGAGAUUAUCACUUCAUGUCCUCCAGGGAGCUCAUGGAACGAGAGAUCCAGGAGCACAAGUUUAUCGAGGCGGGACAGUAUAACAACCACUUGUAUGGAACCAGCAUACAAUCUGUCAAAGAAGUUGCUGACAAGGGUAAACACUGUAUACUGGAUGUAUCAGGGAAUGCUAUAAAACGUCUGCAGUUGGCAGGCCUCUAUCCCAUCGCCAUCUUUAUUAGGCCACACAAUGUUGAGAACAUUUUGGAGAUGAACAAGCGUUUUAAUGAAGAGCAGGCAAGGAAGUCCUAUGACAGAGCAGUUAAACUGGAGCAGGAGUUCACAGAAUAUUUCACUGGGUUUGUCCACGGCGCGUCUCUAGAAGAAGUGUAUUCGCAGGUGAAACAGAUCAUUGAGGAGCAGUCUGGGCCUUACAUCUGGGUGCCCACGAAGGAGCGGCUCUGAGUAAACACAACUCACACUACAAGGUUGUACACAACUUUGGCAACACUAUCGACCUGUUUCUCCACUUCCUCACGCAUACCUCCAGGUUAACACACACACACACACAAACACAAAUAUUUACACAAGCACAUAACGCGGGACGAGGCUGGGACUAUCUGGAACUCCCGCUUUUUCAGGAGGGAGGAGCUUGUGUCUUUCCAGCAGCCCAUUGGUAGAUCUUCCGACAGCUCAGUUCCUUAAUGUUUAAGGACGUGGUUCAAAUCAAGGCGACAUGUACCAUUAUCUGAUUUAUUGAUUUCAUUGUUGUUCUAACUGUUGUAGUUGUUGUUGUUGUUUUCAUAUUUACAAAGGGUAAUGCGUUCACAUUAUGGGUUGGUAAUGAUAUAAUUGUCACCAAGAGGCAGACUUUUGCACGCUGUAGCUUUAAGAGCAUGUUUUCAGGGAGACAAAAUAUUGAUCUCCUUCCCUUUGUGUCUGUCUUUCUCCAUGGCAUUGCUCCACUUUAUACUGAAAUAUCUGUUGGACUCUUUCUCUUUACUUUUCUCUUAUAUCCCACCACUUCCCUGCCAGGCUGCCUCAAAAGUUUUAAUUUAAUAAGAGCUGAAUUUUACAGUAUGUCCUGGCAUUGUGGCAUGAAGGGCCUAGAUAGAAAACAUAGUAGUACUUUAAAAAUGUAGCAUCGCUAUUGACACAGAACAAAUAUUAGCUAAUGAGGUUGCAUUAAGCGUUUACAAUAUUUAGUCUUAACUUUCAUGUUGGAUCAUGUAAGCCUAAGCUGGUUGAGUCCAAAUUGUUCAGACAAUAAGAGUGGGUAAGAGAAUCGAGAACACAGUAUGUUCCUUCUUUAGUUUUAAUGAACAUUUUGGUAAAUACAAGUCCGACCUCCCGGGUUUACUUUACUCGGUUGAGUCUAAAUCCAAUUUUUGCCUUUUCUCCUCUUCUUAUGUGGCUAUAUUUAUAUGGACAUCCUUAUUCCAAUAUUAACCCAACUAAGGCAAUUUAGUGAUAAUACAUUGUUACAGAAUACUGUACAAGAAGGGUUAUACUGUUUUUUAGUCAAAUCAGAAUAGUCUAAUCAACAGACUCAUAAUGAUACGUUAUAUUAUUCUGGGGAUAUUUAAUCGAUCCGAUACCAUCAAAAUAAGUAUUGGAUUUAUCGAUUUGCAUCUAAAAUCUCUGAUAUAAGCACUGUGAUGCAAGCAGUGCUGCAGUGUCUUUACACGUGCAAAGCUGGACAGUCAGUUAACACCUAAAUGUCCUCCAAUAAGCACACAACAUUGGUAUUUUCUUGUAUUUUAGUGAAUUCAUUUACAAAAGUUAAACAGACUACUAUGACCUAGCAGCUACACAACAGCUUAGCACACAAUAGAACACAAAUUCAACAGUUGUAAUAAGUGUCCUUAAAUUGGACCAUAUUGCAGUAUGAAACACCACAUUUGUCAAUUUAAAGAAGUGUCCAGUAAUUAUAGUUGCAUUUUACUUAUACAAACAGAGUCUUUAAGGCAGAAGCUAAUUAGAAAAUAUCCAGUAACAAUUGCAACUUACUGUGUCACAAGUUUAACUUAAAGGGGUCCUAUUAUACAAAACCAAUUUUGUUUCCCUAUUGGUACCUUUUUUGUAUAUUUAGGAUCCCCACAUGUCCCGAAACUUUGAAAUCAAACCAUGAAGGCAUGGCGGUGAUAUUUAUAAAACAAUCUUGCCUUUUUCCAAACUUGUUUCAAACAAGCCAUUUGGAAUUUGAGGCGAUCGUGACGUGUUUUGCCUUAGCAGAUAGUCCAUAUAUGGUUGAGUCUGCAGAUUUAAUUCAGUUGUAGUCCAAAGUUGUAGUCAUUAAGUUUCCUAUUUUCUUCUUGUUGUGGAGCAGACUGGCUGGUACAUGCACAUGCAUGCUUAAAAUCCUCCACUGUUGCCACUUCUAAUAAAAAAUAGAGUAUGGUUCUAAGUUCUGUUUGUAGACUUCUAAUAUCUACAACAUGGCGGGGUGGAGAUGCUGUCGAUAGAGCUUGGCCUUAAGGAGGGCUUUGGCACGUAAAUAAGACCACCCACUAGAGACGGUCAGAAAGCGGCUAGAAAGCUGUCUUUAAAAUAUAAUCUAUGCAACAGUUUGACCAAAGAACCACCAUUACAUGUUAUGUAGACCUCAAAGAAGUGUUUUAAAUGUAGGAAAAAAAUCAUAAUAUAACCCCUUUAAUAAAUUAUUGUGGCCGCAAGGUGUCUUCAAAAAUAAUGAUCACUCCACUUCAAUUUAAAGACAACAAGUUAAUUCCAGAAGGUAAAUGAUAAAUAGGUUUGUGUUUUUCAUACCUACCAAUGUACUAAAUUGAGUUAAGUUCACUUGGUCAAACCUUUUCUAACAUUCCACACUACAAAAAAUAAAAGUAUAUAUAAAUCCCGCUGAUAUUGGAUCAAUAUCUGUAUCGGCCAAAAUACAAAGCUCCAAUAUUGGUAUUGUACCAGAAGUGGAAAAAGUUGUAUUGAGACACCCGUGAAGUGAACUACAAUCCCCAAUCACGUUAAAAUGUUCAUAUUGAGAAGAUCAUAAAACCUAAACCUGUCUCAAGCCUCCCGUCUCUCUUCUACACUUUUACAGCUUUACAAACUAACACCAAGUUCACCCUUGUAGCUUUCCUUUUUAACCGCCGUUGCUCUAAUGGGGGCUUACUCCUAAAAAGCAUCUUAAACACCCAUCUUAAACAGUAUCUGAGGUGUGAUUUUGAAUAUGUAAUUGGGUUCUGUAAUUGGCAUGCCAUCCUGUUAUAUGGCCUUUGUAGCUAUAUUUCAAUAUCUAAAGUGGAGUUAUUUACCAUGUCAACUUUUACCAUCCUCCUGAGAACCAGCGCCCACUGCACUGGACAUUUGUGUUUUGCAUUUUCCCCAAAUGUGACAAAAAAUAGCACCACAAAAUGUUAACUGCAGUGGAUGCUGGUUCUCAUGAGGAUAAUGAUGGAUGAAUUAUGACCUUGUUGGCUUCAGAAGGCCCAGUAUGCACAAAUUGCACCUGAGACUCGCCACAUAAAUGACCUUUGCUCUUGUGCAUAAAGCUAUGGUUUGGUCACAGAGCUUCUCUCCACUAAACUUUAUACUGAACAUUUGUUUCACUCCACUAGAUGACAGCCCAAACAGUCAUAGACUGCUAGUGUAUACUACAUAUCAAUCCACAGAACAAAUACUAGCCAUCAUGGUAAUCAUGAAAUCCAAAGCCGUCACCUUUUUUUUUUUUGUAGUCUGGUGAUUCAUGAAUACAGCUGAUAUUUGUUUACAGGAGAACUUCUCAGGGCAUCAUAGCUUAUACAGCGUACUCCAGAGAAUUAUCAGAAAUCGUAAACAUGUGAAAUAAUGACCACAAAUCAUGUUUUGUGCAGAGAGAACUGUUACUGCAAUUCUCUUGAAUGCUGAGGUCAUGAAUGGGGUUUCUCUCAAAUAAGGCGCGAGUUUGUUAUAUCAAAGAUCGAGAUGCUUUUGGAAAUGCAGCCCCAGAUGGACCUUGUCAGUUACCAGUUUCCCAUUCCCACCCUUCGCCCUGAAGCUGACUGGAGCCCAGAAACUCACAGAGAAGCCAGUUCUGUUAUCAGUAUAGCUUGAAAACCUACAUAAUAUUAUUCGGUUUGCACUAGAGCUUAGACGUCUCCCCUUCUUCACAAAAUGUUGAGCUCACUGAUAUUUCUUCCCAUCAGUAAUUGUCUCGAAGCAUAUGAUUGGUGGAACAGAACUGGACUCUGUGUGAUUCUGGCUUUGUGUUUUAGCCAGGGGGUCGUGCCACUGUCUGUUAAGCACUGAUGCAAAGAAUCUAUUACAAAGAUGGAUCUAUGAAUAACACAUUAUAAUAUUUAUCCCUGCUCUAACUGCCUAUUUUGGUACAAAAUAAAGGUCUUUAUUGAGAUCAAA